GGCAGCCCAUUGGUCAUGGAUCCCAACAGCAUCUGCCGCAAGACCAAGAGACUGGCUGGGAAGCAAGCUGAACUGUGCCAGACAGAGCCAGAGAUAGUACAGGAAGUUGCCAAGGGUGCCAGGCUGGGCGUGCGUGAAUGCCAAUAUCAAUUCCGCUUCCGCCGCUGGAAUUGCACCAGCCACAGCAAAUAUUUUGGCAAGAUCCUACAGCAGGGAUUUUGCUCUGUUCCCCAGAAGGCACAGCAAGAGAUCGGCAGAGGAGUAGCCGGGUCCCUGGGGAGACAGUGCGGCUGCGAGGCGACGCGGAGACGGGCCCCGCCCCUGCCCCCCGCCGCCCCCGCCGGGUCCGAGGCCGCCUCCGCCGCCUGGGAGGGGGGCGGCUGCGGGGACGACGUCGACUUCGGCGACGAGAAGUCCCGCCAGUUCAUGGACGCCAGGCGCAAGCGGGGCAAGAGCGACAUCCGCACGCUCGUCGACCUGCACAACAACGAGGCCGGACGCCUGGCCGUGAGGAAUCACAUGCGGACAGAGUGCAAGUGCCAUGGGCUCUCAGGUUCCUGUGCCCUACGCACCUGUUGGAAGAAGAUGCCCCCUUUCCGGGAGGUGGGCGAACGCCUACUUGAACGUUUCAACGGGGCUUUCAAAGUGAUGGGAGGCAACGAUGGCAAAACACUCAUUCCCGUGGGCCGGAACAUCAAGCCCCCAGAUAGGCAGGACCUCAUCUACUCUGCUGACUCACCUGACUUCUGCAUUGCCAAUCGCAAGACAGGCUCACUGGGCACACGUGGGCGAGUGUGCAACAGCACUGCCAUGGACGUGAGCGGCUGUGACUUGCUGUGCUGUGGGCGUGGUCACCGCGAUGAAACACUACUCCUGGAGGAGAAUUGCCUUUGCCGUUUUCAUUGGUGCUGUGUGGUGCAGUGCCGAAAAUGCACAGUCCGCAAAGAACUCAGUUUGUGCAUUUGAAUGGGUUCAAAAAGGACAUCGGACAGGAAUGUCACGGAGUGGGGUGAUGCGGAAUGGACCCGCAGAAUCCUGAGACUGGGAGCAUAACCAAGCUGUCCUGGUUCCAAGGACAUGAUGUUGUCCUGGCCCGGGGUUACAGAACAGCCUGCUGGAAAACCCAGGGACAGUUCAGGUCUAUCGUGGCUCCUCAGAACGUACGAAGAAGUCCUCGGGGUCCAAGCAGAGUCCGCUGCAUACAGCACUUGAUUACAGACCACCUCUGUGGCAGGUCCUUCAUAUUCCAUGCCAAGCGGUGGCUCCAGAUGGGUGUGGACACAUUCCUGUGUGGACACAUGCUGUUGGAGGCAAAGAUCUCCGGUAUCACCUUUCUCCCAUUAUUGGCUCCAACUGCUUGGUCCCAUGUGCCUUUGUGACCAUGAGUCAUGCACAGAUUCCCUGGAGGGAUGUGUUAUGCCUCACUUAUUAGUGGAUCUUUCCUGUGUCUGAGAGAACAGCAGAGGUUCCUUGACUGCUCACUCCCUUGGCUUCGUUGCUUCCCAUCAGCUAGGGCUGGGGUUGCAGUUUCUUUCUACCUUAAUAAAGCUAUUUAAACACGUGUCCCUCUUUAUCCAGUAAUACGUAAAAGGGAGUGCUUCACAAGUGCACUUCAUAUAGUCUAAUAACUUGAUUGCUCAGUUCAACCAUUCUGUUGUUUAAAUAACCAAGAUGCUUAAUGGAUGGUACAAAGAUAGAUUUUCCUUAGCAUUAAUUUGUCCCACUAAAUGAUUCUAAAAUAUUGAAAGGUGAUUGUAACCUGUGUUAAUGAUUGGGAGAAUGGGAAUAAAAGAAAGGUUU